AAAUGGCGUUUCUAAUAUUUGGACCAAACUCAGUCAUAAAUAAAAAAUAAUGAAAAAAUGCUCUGCCUUUAUGAAAUUAAUUGUUUUUUUCUGUUUUUAAAAAUGUAUACAUAACAAAGAGCGUUAAGUUAAAUAACAGUCGUUUUUUUUACCUUAAUAAUCGUUUGCCUAGUGAUAUUGGAGACACGCGAUUCCAAUGUAAUCUAAAAUAAGCAACGAUGCUUAAAACAAGAACUAUUAGCAGAAGAACAAAAGCUCGAAGGAUUCUAGAAGAGUAUAAAAUUUUAUUGGGCACAGAACAUCAUCAUGGGUAAUCUGAUCCUUCGCUUCAAAGAUAAGGAUGAUGCCUGGAAACAGCAGAAUAAAGAAAUGGAUGAGAAUCCUGCCUACAGGUUUGCCAACUUCGGGAAGGGUGGAGUCCUUAUCGAAGCUUACAACCAGUAUGGCCCUGAUAGAGUACGAGAGAUAGCUCGAAACGAGAUGUCCAAGUUUUUUUAUUUUGAGGAUGGCAAGAAGCAUUGCAUCACUAGGGAAGAAUUUUUUUCUUGGCAAAGAAAGCUUCAUUGCAGAAUAGCAGGUGUAGAUGAAAACCAGAAAUUUGUUGAAGAAGAAUCAGAAAAAGAGUUUAUUCCCCAUGAGGCAUGCUGGGACCUCAACAAAAGGGGCGGGGUUGGCGAGACUCCAUUCCACUUACUUUACCUCAAUGACUCACCCGUUCAUUUUGAAGUGGCCAAGAUCCUUCUCCAGCUGUACCCUAACCUGGCCCUUGAUGUUUACGAAGGAGAAGAGUAUUAUGGUGAAAGUGCCUUGCAUAUUGCCAUUGUUGUUGGGGACUUUGAUUCUGUGCAGCUGUUGGUGGAGUCUGGUGCUAAUGUCAAUCAGCGAGCCACUGGCAGAUUUUUCCUGCCAGAGGACCAGAAGAAAGGAGCCACAGAGAACACAGACUAUGACGGGUAUGCCUACUUUGGGGAAUAUCCGUUGGCUUUUGCUGCCAGCCUGGGUAACACUGACGUCUACGAUUAUCUCCUGGAACAUGGAGCUGACCCUAACCUUCAGGACUCAUUUGGGAACACAAUACUUCACAUGGUGGUCAUUGCUGACCAGCGCGAUAUGUAUCGCUAUGCUGUGAGACACCAUAAAAUCAAAGCCAUCACUAGCAUUAAAAACAAACAGAAUUUAACUCCCCUUACCUUAGCUUGCAAGCUGGGCCGACACUCUAUUUUCAAAGUUAUGUUAGAUCUGGAUAGCGUUGAACUGUGGAGGUUUAGUACCACUAUGUGCUCUGUUCAUCCCCUCAACACUUUAGAUUCCAUUGCAGCAGAUGGCAGCACCAAUUGGAACUCAGCUCUGAUGAUAAUUGUGAAUGGUGAGAAGGAGGAACACCUGGAGAUGCUGGAGGGAGGCGUCAUGAGGCAACUGCUCAUUGAGAAGUGGAAGACUUUUGCCAGGCAACGUUUCAUCAUGCGACUGUGCUUUGCCUCGGUCCACCUGGUGUUGUUUAGUGUGGUCAUCUACACCAGACCUUCAGGAGAAAACCUUCUGUCCAGCAGCAGCACGGAGGAUGCUGUACGCCUAGCCUCGGAAGUCAUUGUUUGUCUCAGCUGUUUAGCCACGGUGGUCUCAGAACUGAUGGAGAUAAGCACACAAGGCUUGCGGACUUUCUUCAAAAACUUGGUACUGCAGCUCCAUAAGACCCAUGCCCCAGCACAGACUGUGUACCUGAUCUCCUGUCUGCUCAUCUUGGCCUGCAUACCCUUCCGUGUUUUAGAGAUGCAUGACGUGGAGGACAUGCUCCUGAUACUGGCUGCCCCUUGUACCUGGUUCUUCCUGCUCUUCUUUGCCAGAGGCCACAUUCUGACGGGACCUUUUGUCACAAUGAUUUACAAAAUGUGUGCGGGGGACCUCUUCAGGUUCGGCAUUAUAUAUGUCAUCUUCCUUUUUGGCUUCACCCAAGAUUUCUUCUUCUUGUUCAGAGAUGUGGAAAGUUCAGACAACGAAGAUGUCAAAAAAUUUUCUAAUUUGACCGAAACAGUUUUGUAUUUGUUUCAAAUGACAUUUGGAGAAUUUAAAUAUGAAGUUUUUGAAGAGGCUCAUUACCCCGUAUUGUCCAAGAUAAUUUUUGCCCUGUUCAUGAUCCUGGUGCCCAUCCUGCUACUGAACAUGCUGAUAGCCAUGAUGGGGAACACCUACACCCAGGUCAUCUCCAAGUCCACUAAAGAGUGGUGGAAGCAGUGGGCAAAAAUUGUGAUAGUUUUAGAGAGAGGGAUAUCAAAAAAGAAACUGUUGGAAUACCAAAAGUCAUAUUCUGUCAAACUGUCUGGGAAGCCAUCACCGGAUGAAGGCUGUCCACCAAUAGCUGAAGAGCGUGCAUUAGUUGUUAUAAAAAAUUGUGAAAAAUCCAAGGCCAAGACUCGCAAAGGGGCUGUUCAUCGUUGGAAGUUGUUUGGCAAAGAAAUAAUACGACAAAGAAAAAUCUGGCAAAAUAAAAACAAUGAAGCCCAACCUUUUGCUCUGUCCCAUUCCCUGACCAAAGGUCAGCUGGAGGACGAGAACCUACUCUCUAGCACCGUGGCUCAGCUGGCGUGGGAGAAGGACAUUGACCUGACUAAAGGUCACCAGUUUGUCACUGAUAUGGACAGCAUCAGCCCUCGCUCCAACGCUCUGCGAUCCCCAACCCAUUUCCACACACCCUACCACCUGACCAAUGGCUCUGAUGGUCAGUCUAACCACCCUCCCAACCAGAACCCACUGAAACACAGAAAGCAACUUGUCUACAACAGAGUGGCCCCCUUGUUUCCCCCACCUCAAGGGGAGACCAACACUGAGCUGUCAGCACACCCUAACCCACAAGCGGAACUUUUUUUUUCUAGUCUUGUUGCAUCAGGAAGUGAACCUGUGCCAUCCUCCAGUCUGAAGUCUUCAGAUGAGCAUCAGACGGAGGCUACCAUCAACACAGACCUGCCCCCAAAAGGCAAUCAACAUUCUUCCAGGUCAGGUGACCCGUUGGACCUGGGAGAGGUUGAAGAAAUGACGCCAGGCUGUGACCCGCCACCCAGCAAGGAGGACGUGAAAAAUGUUUACGCUGCUACGUGCUGGACUGAGGAGUCCCCGCCAGUGGUGGCCACAAGAAGGAAAGUCAAACGCAGAGAUAAAAAAACUAAAUACAAAGGGAGGAAGAAAGGCCACAGUGAAGGCAGUGGCUCCAACUCAUCAAUUCUGUCUCUCAUUGAGAGCGGGGGGAGCAGCAAAGCUUGAGUUUCUGGCAUCACCACCUGUUUGGUGACCAUCUGUUGGUGACCACCUGUUGUUGACCACUUGUUGGUGACCACCUGUUGGUGACCACCUGUUGGUGACCACCUGUUGGUGACCACCUGUUGGUGACCACCUGUUUAUUGACCACCUGUUGGUGACCACCUGUUGGUGACCACCUGUUGGUGACCACCUGUUGGUGACCACCUGUUGGUGACCACCUGUUGGUGACCACCUGUUGGUGACCACCUGUUGGUGACCACCUGUUGGUGACCACCUGUUGGUGACCACCUGUUGGUGACCACCUGUUUGGUGACCACCUGUUGGUGACCACCUGUUUAUUGACCACCUGUAAAAUGACCACUUGUUUCAUGACCACUUGUUUAAUUACCACCAGAAUUUUAAACUGGCCACUGCUGUUUAAAAUAUCUUUAGUGUAUACCUUUGUAUUUCAACCUUUUUGUAGUCAGAUGUGAUAUCCAAUUAUUGUACCUUCAUAAAUUCACAUUCAUUUUAUUUUGUUUUCAAAAUAUUUAAAUUUUGAAAUACUUCCAUAAGUGUUUAAGAUAGUUAUAUUUUAAUCAAAUGGUUAUUGCUGCUUUUUAAAAAAAAUGUCCCUUAUCUUUUGCUCAGUAUUAAUUCAAUGCAUGAAAGAUUUUAAUUUAUAUUAGCUAAAGAAUUUUUAUUUUAAUGCUACUGUUUCUCACUCUUAUAUUUAAAGAGCCUAGUCACAUGACCUUAAACUGCUGAGUCACAUGACCUAUGACAACUUCCUGUUGUUAACUUUAUUUUGGCACAAACCCUGUUAUUAUUUUUGACAAAUUUUUCCAUGCUCGUACAUGACAGUUUACACUAUUUAUUUCUGCACAUUGGUUCAAUUUUUCUAUUUUUAUAAAAGUGUAAUUUAAGAGUUUUGUAUUUGAUGAGACAUUUUUAUGUUCCCAAACUGUAACUCUAUAGAUUUGACUCUUUUAUUUCUGUAUUCAGAUUUGCCUUCCUGAGCUAAAAAUCUGGUCAACAUAUAUUUUUUUAUUGGCCAGAUAAUUUUUGAGACCAAAAGUUUGUAACAAUACUGAUAAUGUAAAUUGUUUACAAGACAUUUCUUGUAGCAGCUGAGCUGUGGUGUGCUCUGUCUUAUUAACAUACAAUACAAGUGUGUUUUGUUGUUUGAUUGGCUGAACUCAAACUGGCUCUAAACUUACAUACAAGUGUGUUUUGUUGUUUGAUUGGCUGAACUCAAACUGGCUCUAAACUUACAUACAAGUGUGUUUUGUUAUUUGAUUGGCUGAACUCAAACUGGCUCUAAACUUACAUUACAAGUGUGUUUUGUUAUUUGAUUGGCUGAACUCAAACUGGCUCUAAACUUACAUACAAGUGUGUUUUGUUGUUUGAUUGGCUGAACUCAAACUGGCUCUAAACUUACAUACAUUACAAGUGUGUUGAUUGGCUGAACUCAAACAGGCUCUAAGUUUAAGCCUAGUGUAGGGCCUAUAGAUCUUUGUUAGUGCAGCAUUAUCAUGGCAUUGUGAUAAACCAUUUUACUUUGUCAACUGUAUCAUAGCAAUAACUUUGUCAGUUCUCUGAGUUUGGUUUGUAAACCAAAUGCUCAAGAUUUUCUGCUUUGCUAAGUAAGAUAGAAUUUGAUGAGGCCUACUGUGUAGACUGUUGCUAUAGAAAGAAUCCGAUCUUUUAUUUGAAAUGUUUUUGUGUCAAUAUACAUUUUGUUUCACUGUACAUUGCAAUUUGGACUGCCAGCCACAAUGAUUUUAUACUUUUAAUUCAAAUGUAUUUUAUACUGCCAGUUAUUUUUGUCUAUCAGCAGAAUAUUUAGUUUUUAAAUUUUAACAAAUUUCAAAUUGUUGCGAAUAUUUUUUUUUAUUGUACAAAUACUGUUCUAAUUAGUUGAUAAAAAAAUUGGACUCCACUAAGUACAUGCUUGUAUAAAAGAUCAAACACCUUCAUUUAGGUUUGAGAUCAUUAAGAUAAGUUUAUAAAUGAUCAAACACUUUCAUUUAGGUUUGAGAUCAUUAAGAUAAGUUUACAAAUGAUCAAACACCUUCAUUUAGGUUUGAGAUCAUUAAGAUAAGUUUACAAAUGAUCAAACACCUUCAUUUAGGUUUGAGAUCAUUAAGAUAAGUUUAUAAAUGAUCAAACACCUUCAUUUAGGUUUGAGAUCAUUAAGAUAAGUUUAUAAAUGAUCAAACACCUUCAUUUAGGUUUGAGAUCAUUAAGAUAAGUUUAUAAAUGAUCAAACACCUUCAUUUAGGUUUGAGAUCAUUAAGAUAAGUUUACACAAUUAGUUCCCUACUGAAAAGAUAAAUAUUUGCAAUCAAUUGCUAAACCCUAAACUGCUGAACCCUAAACUGCUGAACCCUAAACUGCUGAACCCUACAAUAAACUGCUAAACUCUACAAUAAACUGAUAAACCCUAAACUGCUGAACCCUAAACUGCUGAACCCUAAACUGCUGAACCCUAAACUGCUGAACCCUAAACUGCUGAACCCUAAACUGCUGAACCCUACAAUAAACUGCUAAACCCUAAAUUGCUGAACCCUAAACUGCUGAACCCUUAAUUGCUGAAUCCUACAAUAAUUUGCUGAACCCUACAAUAAACUGAUAAACCCUACAAUAAACUGCUAAACCUUAAACUGCUGAACCCAACAAUAAACUGCUGAACCCUAAACUGCUAAACCCUAAACUGCUGAACCCUACAAUAAACUGCUAAACCCUAAACUGCUGAACCCUACAAUAAACUGCUGAACCCUACAAUAAACAGGUAAACCCUAAACUGCUGAACCAUAAACUGCUAAACCCUAAACUGCUGAACCCUACAAUAAACUGCUGAACCCUACAAUAAACUGCUGAACCCUACAAUAAACUGCUGAACCCUAAACAGCUGAACCCUACAAUAAACUGCUCAACCCAUAAAUAAGCUGCUGAACCCUACAAUAAAGUCCCGAACCCUCAAUCAAAUGAAUUCCUAUCUACCUUUGUUAUCUCUGUACAUACUGCUAAGGUGCCUAGUCUUCAACAGAUUAGUUUUACCAGAAAGUUUGGGUAAACUUAGUUCUUCUGUCUUGCCUUUGUUGCAUCUUUUCUAAAAACACAUUUUUAGUGUUGACAUUUUUAGAGUGUUUACAUUCUGUCCUGUUUAUUAUUUUCCUUGCUUACCGCUUACAAAUGUUAUAUUGAUAUAUCUAAAAAAAACAGGAAAGUUAAAUAUUUUUACUUCAAGGCUAUUCCUUGUUUACAAAUGUAAUUCAUUUUUCAUGAUAUUUUUAAGUUAUUGUAAAGUUGAAUAAAAAUGUUGUCAUUAUAAGAUUUGAAUUACUCAAGGCUACAGUGUGUGAUAUUUGAAUUCCACAAGCUUAUCUUGUUUCUUUUAGAUAUUUUUCUCAAGGAUUAAGGCAUUUUGAAGUUUCAAAGGAAUUGGGUUAGAAAUGUAUUUGAAAAUGUUGAAAAUGUAUAGGAUGAUCUCUCAUCCAACCAUCAACUGUACCCUACUGUACCAUGCUUUAGUUUAUUUUAAUGUAUAUACUGUACCAUGCUUUAGUUUAUUUUAACAUAUAUUACUGUACCAUGCUUUAGUUUAUUUUGAUAUACUGUACCAUGCUUAUUUUGUUUGAUUUGUACCUGAUGUUCAUAAAUGUCAAAUUAUCAUUUUACUGUACAAAUGUAUGUUCCAAAAUUUGAUGUACUGUACCUAUGUAUGUUUCAAAAUUUGAUGUACUGUACAUAUGUAUGUUUCAAAAUUGCUCUGUUAUUUUUAUCAGGGCAGCCAUUUUGAAACAAAAUUUGAUGUAUUGUACAUAAGUAUUGGACAUAUAAAUGUGUUAUUAGAAUAUGUUUAGUACUGUUUAAUUUGUUUUGUUGUCAAAUCCAAUGACAAAUUGAUCUGGUAUUGAAGUCUUACGCAAUCAAUGUUUGGUCCAGAUAUGAGAUGAUGCUCCCCCUGUAGGUGCCCACAUUUGCUACCCCUGUAGGUGCCCACAUUUGCUGCCCCUGUAGGUGCCCACAUUUGCUACCCCUGUAGGUGCCCACAUUUGCUGCCCCUGUAGAUGCCCACAUUUGCUGCCCCUGUAGGUGCCCACAUUUGUUGCCCCUGUAGGUGCCCACAUUUGCUGCCCCUGUAGGUGCCCACAUUUGCUGCCCCUGUAGGUGCCCACAUUUGCUGCCCCCUUAGAUGCCCACAUUUGCUGCCCCUGUAUGUGCCCACAUUUGCUGCCCCUGUAGGUGCCCACAUUUGCUGCCUCUGUAGGUGCCCACAUUUGCUGCCCCUGUAUGUGCCCACAUUUGCUGCCCCUGUAGGUGCCCACAUUUGCUGCCCCUGUAGGUGCCCACAUUUGCUGCCCCUGUAGGUGCCCACAUUUGCUGCCCCUGUAGGUGCCCACAUUUGCUGCCCCUGUAGGUGCCCACAGCUGAGCUGGUCAUGGCUCUUAUACCUGUGAGUGCCCUGAGCUUUGUGUAAAGCAACGCAUG